AUGCUUUUUCCAAAGCUAUCGCUUCAGUUUGCGUCAAAUCUCCAGCAGAGAGACCAACGAUUUGCUUUAUUUGCCUUGAGCGAACGUCUGAGGAUGUACAAGAACUCUGGAUCUCUGAGCCGACACUUCGUCAGUAAGCAUGUCAAGCCGUUUUCGAAUGACAUGCGCUGUGAGUGCUCUAUUUGCGGGGAGAAGUUGGAGUCAAAGUCUAUGCUAUUGAACCAUGCAGAAAGGGUGCAUGGAACUGUCUCACGCUCUUCUAAAACAGCCCUUGGGCUGACAUAG